AGCCUGGCUCCUUAGCACAAGGUGCCCUGCUCCCUGCGGGAACGGGAUCGGGAUGGACAUCACAACGCCGGGGCGGGAGCGGCUGCUGCAGGCAGAAACCUCCCAGGAGGGAGGAGAGGAUGCAGCAAAGGCAGAGAGGAGCGGCCAGCGGGGAGACCUGAGCCUGGAGCCCAGCCUCAGCACUGCCCUCCAGAGCAGAGCCACCCAGCUCCUCGCAAGCAGUAAUCUAACUUGGAAUUAGUAUUUUUUAAAUACAGCGAUUUUGAAUCUUUUCUUCUCGACGGAUGCUGCUGCACCACCCCGUGGAGCUGCUGGGGAUGCUCCUGGCAGGGAUGCUGGUGCCUUUGAAACAGGCUGCAGAAGUGGAGAGAGCCCUGCAGAGAAGAGUGGCCAUGGUGGGUUCCUCAGUGCUGCUUGCGGGGCCGCUUAACAUCACGCUCAUCCACUCCAUAUGGUGGGAGCACCUCAAUGGCACUGCUUCCCACACCAUCCUGCAGUAUGAGAAGCACAACCUGACCAUCCACAUGCCAUACAUUGCACGAGCCCAUCUGCAUGCGUCCAAUGGAUCUCUCCUCCUGGAGGACCUCCAGGAAAGCGACAGUGGCAUCUACAGAGUGACUGUCAACCAAGCAGAAAGGGAGAGCUUGUCAGUCUUGCUGGAUGUCCUCAAGCCUGUGUCUCACCCUCAGCUCUGGAGCAGUGGCCUGGUGGCCAAGGCAAGUGGUGAGGUACUAUGUGAGGUAGCAGAGGGCAGGGCAGACGUCUUCACCUGGAAGAAGGAUGGGCAGAUGCUUCCCCCGGACAGAAGUUACCACCUCUCUGGAAGCCUCAGUGUUUUGCCACUGAGGAUGGUAAAGAAAUCGGACUGUGGCUGCUAUUCCUGCAAUGCCAGCAAUGGGAUAAGUUGGCAGGAGACCUCCCUGAACGUCACUGUUGCAGGUCUCUCCCCUCCCUUGCAGGAUGUGCUGAGGAUUUCAGUGGUUGCUCUGGUCUUUGCUGCUGUCUCAGGAUGGGGCAUAAUUUUUCCUGUCUGCCAGUCUGAAAAGCUAAGAAUAAGAGGAGAGCUGUGGAGGUGGCUCAGUGCCUACACCUGUGGGCUGGUGUGCAUCUCCUCCAUCCUGGCUGGCACUGCUGGGCUCCUCUGGAUGAGAGAAGAAGGCCCAUCCAUUGCUGUCAUACUGCCAGAGAUUUUCCUUUUGUAUGUGAUUGUGAUCACCUUCGUAGUGGCCUCCACAGUGACUUUCCAGCCUACGAAGCUCAUCCGGCUCCAAAGCACAGCAGCACAGCGCACGAUGGGCUACGCUGCUCCAGGAGGGGUGCUCCUGGUGGUGCUGACAAGCAGCUUCCACAUGAAGAACAUCCACCGGCGCCAUGAAGAAGGCUGCGCGGCAUUCAUGGACGUCACCACCCUUGUGGUCAGCACAGCAGCAGUGUUGGCCCUGCCGAUCCUUGCCAUCUUCCUCUGCUAUCACACAACACAGGGGUGGCUGCAGGAACGUGACUCCAAUUGUGCAGACAUGGAAAGGUCCUUUGAGAUGUCCCUGCCCAUCAGCAAGGAUCCUGAUUUAACCUGCUAGACACUGGGGAUGUUUCCUGUGUGGCUGGCUCAACAUGUUAAUGGAUCUCAGUUUCAUAGGUCUGAGCCUAUGAUAUUGGCGAUAUAAAGCGAUGAAAUUAA